CACCACCGUCACCCCGAACUUCCAUCAUCUAACGACCUCCUCUACCCUCGUCCACCAUGUCUGCCGGCCUUGGAAACGAGGUCCUCACCGUUAUCAACAAACUUCAAGACGUAUUCACCGCCGUCGGCACAUCCGCGUCGGCGGUAGACCUCCCGCAGAUAUGCGUGCUCGGCAGUCAGAGUAGCGGAAAGAGUAGUGUGCUCGAGAACAUCGUUGGUCGCGAUUUCUUACCUCGUGGAACGGGUAUCGUGACUCGAAGACCUCUGGUCCUGCAACUCAUCAACCGACCAGCAGGGACGAACAAGGAGGCUGCCGGUGUACCGAAUGGCGCGGACAAGCAAGCCAACGCCGACGAGUGGGGCGAGUUCCUUCACCUCCCGGGACAGAAGUUCUACGACUUCAACAAAAUUCGAGAGGAGAUCGUCCGCGACACGGAGGCCAAGACCGGCAAGAACGCCGGCAUCUCCCCGCUACCUAUCAACCUCCGCAUCUACUCGCCCAACGUCGUCACUCUCACCCUCGUCGAUCUCCCUGGCAUGACCCGCGUCCCCGUCGGAGACCAGCCGAAAGACAUCGAGAAGCAGAUCCGGGACAUGCUGCUCAAGUACAUCAGCAAGCCAAGCUGUAUCAUCUUAGCGGUGACGGCAGCGAACACCGAUUUGUCCAACUCGGACGGUUUGAAACUGGCGCGAGAUGUGGAUCCGGAGGGAACAAGAACAAUCGGUGUGCUGACGAAGGUCGACUUGAUGGACCCUGGCACGGAUGUCGUUGACAUUCUCGCCGGGCGCGUCAUCUUCCUACGGCUUGGAUACGUACCCGUCGUCAACCGUGGCCAACGAGACAUCGAGACCAACAAGCCCAUCCAAGCCGCACUCGAGUACGAGCGCCAGUUCUUUGAAAACCACCCCGCUUACAAGGGCAAGGCGCAAUACUGCGGCACGCCCUUCCUUGCGCGCAAACUCAACAUGAUCCUCAUGCAACAUAUCCGUGCCACGUUACCUGACAUCAAAGCGCGCAUCACACAACAAUUGGCGAAAUACAACGCCGAGCUCCAGUCCCUUGGCGGUCCCAUGGGCGGCGACUCGUCAAGCAACAUGGUCCUGCAGGUCAUCACAGAAUUCUGCUCAGAUUACCGCUCGGCGAUUGACGGUAAUAUCAACGACUUGGCAUUGAACGAGUUGUCGGGUGGUGCCAGGAUAAGCUUCGUCUUCCACGAACUGUUCAACCAAGGAGUGAAGAGCAUAGAUCCUUUCGACCAGGUGAAGGAUGGCGACAUCAGGACGAUCCUGUACAACUCUUCGGGCUCGACCCCCAACAUCUUCGUCGGCACCGCUGCCUUCGAGAUCAUUGUCAAACAACAGAUCAAGAGGCUCGAGGACCCCAGCUUGAAGUGCUGCCAGCUCGUUUAUGACGAACUGAUCCGCAUCCUUGGGCAAUUGCUCGGCCGCAUCCAACACUUCCGCCGAUAUCCCGCACUACGCGAGCGCUUCAACUCCGUCGUCGUCAACUUCUUCAAGAAGUCGAUGACGCCGACGACGAAGCUCGUUACCGAUCUUGUAGCGAUGCAAGCGUGCUACGUCAACACCACGCACCCCGACUUCCUCAACGGCCACAAAGCGAUGGCGAUCGUACAGGAUCGCCUGAACGCGAACAAGCCCCAGCACACGCAGUCGAAGGACGGCAAGCUUCCCCCUGGGGCAAUCAACAACAACAAGGACCUGGAUGUGGAAGUGAAGAAGGAGGAGGCAAGCUUCUUCGGCUCCUUCUUUGUGAAGAAUAAGCAACCGGCGAAGAAGGGUGCAGCUGUUAUGGAGGCUCCCCCGCCGGUCAUCCGUCCCCAGGCUGCGUUAAACGAGCGGGAAACGAUGGAAACCGAAGUCAUCAAGCUCCUCAUCCACUCUUACUUCAACAUCGUAAAGCGCGAGAUGAUCGACAUGGUCCCCAAAGCCAUCACGCUGACCCUCGUUAGCUACUCUAAGGAGAACCUCCAGCGCGAGCUUCUGCAGGAGCUUUACAAGCCGGACGUUUUGGACGACUUGAUGAAGGAGUCGGACUACGUCGUCAACAGGAGGAAGGAAGUCGUCUCGAUGGUGGAUGCGCUCAACAAGGCGGAGGAGAUUGUGGCGGGCGUAUGAGCGGGUAGAUCUGUCGGCAUUAUUUGCGACCUUGGCCUGGGCUACAGAACACUCUCCCUACACUUGCAAUGGUUCUUGUCUGUUGAGUACACGUAUAAUACCCGGAUUAGUAUGGAUGUUCUCUAUCUUACUAUCUGCUGGAGGCGGAGAGCACUGGACGCUAUUCGGCAUAAAGUUGCUGACGUUCGCCUAAGGGAGAAUACGAUGUUCACUGUUUCCCAAUCUGUCCUAACACUACAAGUGAAUGAUAUGCUUAUCCAUCUCGGAAUUAAGGUCAUGCGAAGGUCGUUCGAUCAUCGUCAGCACUUCCGUUGCGCGAUGCGGUAGCGAGACAACCUUCGACGACGUCCAACAGGGCGGAGUUCUCCAACGCAGCAGCUACACGCUCUUUAUCGUUUAGUUGCUUGUUGACUGCAUGCUCGCUUUGGUGGGAGCCGGGUUUGACGCGGAUGUCAAUCUUGUAACGCUGCGGUAGGCUUCGCAAAAGCCGGACGCGUAUCGACAGGCCUAUGAGGGUAGAUGCACCACAGUGAGGUACGGUCGGUGUGAACUCCACCGCGACAUGGUUAUUCAUUACGGCCACUUGAGGAGCCGAGACGACCAUAAGCUGCUCCAACGUCAUAUUAGGAUGUUCUGGAUCGCUGAUAUGACGGAUUAAGUCAAAGAUCUCAUUCUGGUCGAUAGGCUCAGGCUCCUCUGAUUCCUCUACAGAUUCAUCGCUCUCAUAGUCCGAGACCCAGAGUGACGUUUCCUUCGAAGGUCCAAAGGAACGACGCCUUGUGCUUGCGCUGGGUGCGUAAAC